AUGCAGUCAGGGGUGAUGGAAGAGUGGAAAGAGGGAAAGAAGAAACAGCAAUUGAAUGCGGCAGAAGGAGACAUGGAAAUGCCCAAAGGAGAAGAGGCUAGUGGAUCGCAGAUCCAGGAUGAUGACUGUUGCAGUCUUACUCAUGACUCAAGCAGCAAUGAAGAAUUUGAGGCCUUUGUGGCCAGAAUGAGAAUGAGAAAGAAGAGACACGUCAGCUGUGUGGCGACUGCCUCAGGACUGGAUGAUGAAUAUGUCUGUGAGGAAAAGAAAGCUAAGAUGUACGAAACAAGUAGUGAAGAUGAGAUUCUGGAAAAGUCAUCUGAUACUGACGAACAGCUCACCACCAGGAAGCUUCCAUUUCCUCUUAUUGAUGAUGAUGAUAGCAAUGAUUUGGAGGUCCCAGUGCUAAAAGAAGGGAAUUUAUGUGAUGAGGGCCAAAGCUCCUCAAGUGAAAGAGAGCUGGGUGAAUUUGCUGCCUCCCAACACAAUUCAUCCAAUGAUGCUGGUGAGCAGAAUCUUGGUGAAAAUCUCUGCCAACCGUCAAAUGCUGCUGAGCCUACACUAGAGAUUGCGGAUGGAAAAUUGUCAACUGAUGAAGAGCCAGAACCUGUGGUAGAACAACCAAAGAAAAAGAAAGAUAAAACCAAAAAUAUCUCUGUGACACCUGGUAAGCCAGUUCCUGCAGGAAAAAAAAGGCAUGAGCCUUCAAAGAAGAAACUCAGCUCCGCAAAAUUUGAGAAAUGCCAGACUGGGAAUUCUGUGUGCAAAAUACCUGGAUGUUUCUUGCUUGAUCUUGAGAACUCAAAACAGUAUUCUGGAAAGAAUUUCAAGCAAAAUAAGGAUGAGCUGGUUCAGAAAAUCUACAACCUCUUUAACAGCUCUGUCUUUGACAAAAAGCUGCCAGAGAAAAUAGAGAUAGGCUGGAAUAAAAAGAUGCUUAGAACUGCUGGCUUAUGCACAACUGGCGAGACAAAGCACCCGAAGAAGGAGCGCUAUGCCAAGAUUGAGAUUGCUGUAAAAGUCUGUGACUCAGCAGACCGACUCCGGGAUACUUUGAUCCAUGAAAUAUGCCAUGCAGCCUCCUGGCUACUCGAUGGUGUCCGAGAUUCUCAUGGUGACACAUGGAAGUAUUAUGCCAACAAAUCCAAUAUGGUACACCCAGAGCUGCCCAGGGUCACCCGUUGCCAUAACUACAAGAUUAACUACAGGAUUCAUUAUGAAUGUACUCAGUGCAAAUCCAGGGUUGGCCGCUACACCAGAUCAUUGAACACCAAACGCUUUAUCUGUGCUAGAUGCAGUGGCUCUCUGGUUGUGCUGCCAUUAACUCGCAAAGAUGGAACCCCUAUUGAGCCCCAUGUGAGACCAUUUGCUAAAUAUGUGCAGGAGAAUUACAGAGUUGUUAAACAGGAGAUGGCAGGGAAGGGUCAUGGCGAUGUGAUGAAAAAGCUCAGCAAAGAUUAUAUCGCAAGUAAACAAAACCGAGAUCGUUGAGGUUAUCUGAGAGUAGAUUUAUGCAGGCAGAGUCCUCUAUUGGUUAAGAAGCUUUAAAAAAAAAAACAACUCUUAGUUUCUGUGAAGUAGCAAAUAUUAGAGAUUAAAUACUAUUUUGGGGUUCAUAUUGUUAACGAUGAUUGUUCUUAACUGGGGAUCCAUUUUGUGGCCUUGACAGUACCCUAAGGCCCUUUUGGAUCCAUCCUGGGUCUUAAUUUUAACUCCAUAGUUUUAACGUGUAGAACAAAAUGCAAACAAAAAACGAGUUUUUUAGAGUGGCAG